AUGUAACAAUAUUUAUAUACGAGUUUCCAACAUGGCGCAGUUUUUGGGAAGGGUGAUUGGUACAAAAAUGGAUAAAACAGCAAAAGUUUUGGUGACAAAAUUAAAAUUACACCCGAUUGUAAUGAAGUAUUACAAUCAUAGAAAAGUCUACUUCGCCCACGAUGAAAAUAACGAAUGCAGGACAGGUGAUAUGGUUCUUAUUAAAGUUUGCCCAAAGAUGAGUAAACACAAACGAUUUCGAAUCCUCGAAAUCUUGGAAAAAGCACCUUUGGUUAUAGAUAGUGACUCAGGAAAAGAAUACUUACAAGAUAACAGAGAAGAUUACCGCAAUGUAUCCAACUUUAAGAAGUAAAAAUGAUGGUUAAUGUUGAGAAAAGUAAAAAACGUUCAGUAGAUAGUCCUAGAACGGUCGAACGUUCCCUCAAGCAGCCGUAUGGCUAGAUUACAACGCGUCUUGACCAUUAAAUUCUUCAUGUUUGGUUGUGAUUGGGUUGAAUAUUGAUUAAUUUUGAGCUCUUGACGUUGAAUUCAAUAUUUCUUUUACUUGACAUUUUCAACAAUACCCUCUUUAUUCACUUUGUAAACGUCUGUCAAAUGUAAUGAACGUCUCGAUGUCUCCGUGGUAUGUGUAGUUGGUCUUAGCUGCCUUAAAAAUAUUUAUUAAAAAUAAACCGAUAUAAUAUUAUUGUGAAUAAAAUUUAUUUGAAUUCACUUUUUACUGAAUAUAAUUACGAAUAAGAAAGCAUGAAAUAAACUAGCGUUCUGCAACGUUAAGAAGCCUAUUUCUGGGAGAAAAAGAGCAAUAGCCAUAGCCUAACUGUUGCAUUUUUAAAUAGAAUCAAAAGAUGAAGUCCCAUUUUACAAUUAUGAAAUAAUACAAAUGCAUCAAAAUUAAACUAAAUCCUUUUUAA